GUGUGCGCUGGCUUCAGAAGGUCUCCACCCGAGAGUAUGGCGGUUGAGGAUGCUGGAAGAUGCAGAAGAAUAGCUAUUCUGGAAUGCAGCAGCGUCCUUAAGGAUCUCCAAAUGACGCUCGGAGGGGACGCGUGAUGCCUCACAUGCUCGCCCUGACGGGGCGCGACGCGCUUUUAUAACCUAAAGUGCACGCAAAUGCAUGUUAAACGAUUACUUCUCCAAACAGCUGUUGGGUUCUGGUUAUUCGAGGUGGUUAGAGAUGCCAUGAAGUCCGCGCAUUGGCUCUUUGUGCGUCUCUGUUAUUUGUCUCUAUGGUGAGUGUUGCAAUACAGCCAGCCAUGGCUCCGCGUCUGCUCGACUUCUGCGAUAUUCAAGGCAAGUUUCCCGUCGCAUCUGAUCGGUUUGGACACUGUUAGCUGGCUCCAUUACGCGCGUCACGUCGGUUCGCAUCCGUUCGCAAUGCGCGAGUAUAAGGUGGUGGUGCUGGGCAGCGGAGGGGUCGGGAAAUCCGCUCUCACGGUCCAGUUCGUGACCGGGACCUUCAUCGAGAAGUACGACCCGACCAUCGAAGACUUCUACCGCAAGGAGAUCGAGGUGGAUUCGUCGCCGUCGGUGCUGGAGAUCCUGGACACGGCGGGGACGGAGCAGUUCGCGUCCAUGCGGGAUCUCUACAUCAAGAACGGCCAGGGCUUCAUCCUGGUCUACAGCCUGGUCAACCAGCAGAGCUUCCAAGAUAUAAAGCCCAUGAGAGACCAGAUCAUCAGGGUGAAGAGGUACGAGCGCGUGCCCGUGAUUCUCGUGGGAAACAAGGUGGACCUGGACAACGAGCGUGAGGUUUCGUCGAGCGAGGGUCAAGCUCUAGCUGAAGAAUGGGGCUGCCCGUUCAUGGAGACGUCGGCCAAGAGCAAAACCAUGGUGGACGAACUGUUCUCUGAGAUAGUCAGGCAGAUGGACUACGCCUCUCAGCCGGAUAAGGAAGACCCGUGCUGCUCCUCCUGCAAUAUACAAUAACCCCUCACAAUCACACGAGGUUCUUAGAGGGGUUCAACAUGGAGAUCAUCGCUAGAGCGGUGUUCAUACACGUCAUGCCCACGUGAACGGCGUUUACACACUAGAGAAUGCUGCAGAUCCAUUGGUUUGAAUGGGAAUGAUGCAUUGCAAAGACAUACACAGCUAACAGGGAAGGUUCUCAGAAGGUUUUUUAUUAACAAACGUUCAUCCAGUAACGUUAAUAGAAUGUUCGUUCAAAGUUCUCUGGUCUUUAAUAAUGUUCUCAGAAUGUUUGCACAAAAAAACAAACAUUAUUUAUGCAUCAUUCAUGGAAACGUUUUAGUUGGAUGUUCCUCUAACAUUGUUUAAAUGUUACUGUUUGAUUUGGAAUGUUAGAGAACAUUCAAAACUAACAUUCCUUUAAUGUUUGCAGAAUGGAAUGUUCGCAUAACCAAGAAAGAAUAUUUUUAAAACAUUAAAACACUGAAUGUUUUGAAUGUUCAGAGACCUUUGAGAAUUUUAGUUUUUCAUAACGUAAUGGGAACAUUAGCUAAACAUUCUUUUCACAACUUUUUUUGUUAGCUGCCUGUUUUUUCUUGGUUAUGGGAAUGUUACAGAAAACAUUAGGGGAACAUUUCAUUUUAUCAUUUUGCAAACAUUAUUGAACGUUCAGAUAACAUUCAGAAAUAACGUUUUCACAAUGUGAUGGGAACGUUCUCAAAACGUUCUUAAAACAUACUUUUGUUAGCUCCCCAUUUUUUCUUGGUUAUGCGAAUGUUACAGAAAACAUUAAUAGAAUGUUCCAUUUUAUCAUUUUGCAAACAUUAUUGAACUAACUUUCAAAAAUAACUCUUAUAAGAAGAGUUAUUUCUGAAACUAACUUGCAGAAAUAAGUCCAUGCAACUUUGAAUGGAUGUUCUAUUAAUGCAACUGGAAAGAAUGUGUGAUCAACUUUGAGAGAACCUUACUGUAUAUCACGAGGGUUUGCAAAAGUGAUGUUGCGAUGAUUUUUAGCAUCCGUUCAGCUCUUGGAAUCUCAAGUGAGGCGAAAUCCAGUUUGCUGUUUUCCCGCUUAUGACCCGACGUUUCCCUCCAAAAUGGAUCACAAAGUGCAAAGCUUUGUCUAGUGUGUAAAUGCCUUAAUUCAACACGAUUAUGAUUAAUAAAUUAACAAGAAACUGUAAAAAAAAAAAAGGUCAAAGGGGUUAAAAAUGCACCAAACUUGAGUCUUUCUUUUCCCCGCAUGUUUUCAUUCUAAGUUUGACGCUGUUCGCAAGAGACUCAAUCGCGUUGAUUUCGCCAUUUAGUUUGCACAUAUAGAACCUGAUGUCUUAAACUGCCAUUACUUUAAUAAAGAGCCAGAAUGAGCUAGUUUUGUUCUUCCAAACGGCCCGCUGUCAGCGAAGGUGACGUUUCCUCCGAGGGACUCUCAGACGUCGGGGUUUGAAAUGUUCAUGAGGGGAUCGAUGUGUGCGCGGUGUCCCAUUGCAGCGAUGAGGGGCUUUACUUUGAGGGACAUUUUCUUUGAGGAAGCCAAAUAGGAUGCUGAGAAGCACUUUUCUUUUGUAAUGUCGUGUCUGUUUUGAUUUAUGAAACUGCUGGGAAUAUUCAGCUGAUUAUGUUGUGGUUUCUAAUUAGCACCUCGAUAUAGAAUGUUGCAAAUACUGAAUUAUGUAUUUUGUAAUAAUGUAGUAAAACAAUCAUGGGAUUUGCUUUAGAAUAGCUUUGAAUUGGGUGGGAACAGUAUUUGUCAUGAAAAGCUAUCGGCACUUUCCACAAAAAGAGUCCAGAUGUCCUGUUACUUUUAUUUGAAGCAAUAAAGACAUAAAGAACUAGUUAGAUAAACUGUUAAAUUAACCUAACAUUCAAAGUAGGUAGUUUUAAACAUCUCAAAUGUGAACCCUUGAAAAUGACGAUUUUGUCCUGUCACACCUCAGAGACUAUAUACAGCGGUUAAAAUCAUACAAUAUCUGUUGAAUUACUAUUUGAUUAAAUGCAGAAAAUUAUUCAUUAUUAUUUAUUAUUAAUUAUUAAUUAAUAUUAUUUAAAAAAUAUGUGAUAAAUACAUUUAUACAAUAAAUACAAUUAAUUUAAUUGUAAUGAUUAAAUAUUAAUUGUUCUAUUUACAUUUAGCCAUUUAGCAGACGCUUUUAUCCAAAGUGACUUAUUCCAUUUAAAUUAUUCAAUUUAAUUGAGUUAUUAAAGCUGCAGUCCGUAACUUUUUUUGGUUAAAAAUGAUCCAAAAUCAAUAUUUGAGCAAGUACAUAUCCAGCCAGUGUUCAAAACUAUCGCCUUACUAUAGCCCAAUUCACAUCGGUUAUCUUAUAAUAAUGUUUUCUAAUUUGAGUGGUACGGGUAGGUUUCCGCAGGAAACUCGAGCAUGGCACUGUGUCAUUACGUCACGUCUGUAAACAUAAAGAAGUUGUCCCGGCUAGUAGGCUAUGGCAUGUAAGGAUCCUGCAGGUGGCGGAUCGUUUAUAGCCUUUUCUCACAGCAGCUAGAAUAAUUAAAUGUAUCAUUUUGAUGGCGGAUUGUAAUCCAGAAAGGAUUAUGUGUUUAUGAAACACAUGUGAAUGAAAUGAAAUUAUAUUUCAGUUUUUAAUGUGCUUCUGAUUACAGCCUGGGAUUACACACGAUUUGUAUUUUAAAGAAAACCAGUUUGAAGGGAGAAUAAUUAGCUUUUUUGGGUUAAAAGAAUUUCUUAAUAUGAAAUUCGAAUGCUUUUUUCCUCAGUUGGUCAGAACAAACGUGGCAGACUUGUUACUUACUUGUUUAGAUGGCAAUAUACGGUGAAAAUUAUUAUAUGGGUCAUAUAUUCCAAGACAUAGGCUAGAAUCUGUGAUUGCGAAGUACAGUAAACAUCCACACCGGUGAGUGACUGACUGCUACACAUUCACUUCAAAACAUUAGAUUCAUCCGCGCUGGAGCCGUGCCGGAGCACAACCCACACAAGCGAGAUAAUUCCGCAAGCAGCUUGCAAUUCCAGGUUUUCAAACAUAGAUGGCGACAAAGAGGCAAAACUUACGGACCGCAGCUUUAAAUGACUAUAAUAAAGACAAAAAAAAAACAACUAGUUAGUAGUGCUGUCAAACAGUUAAUCACGAUUAAUUGCAUUAAAAAUAAUAGUUUUUGUUUACAUAAUAUAUGUAUAUGUGUACUGUAUAUAUUUAUUAUGUGUGUAUAUAUAUAUA